GAGCCGCCGCCGCUGCCGCCGCCGCCAUGGCGCUGCCCCCGCGGCGCGGCCCUCGGCGCUGAGCUCCUCCCGCACCAUGGCCGGGGCCAUCGCGUCCCGCAUGAGCUUCAGCUCGCUCAAAAGGAAGCAGCCCAAGACCUUCACGGUGCGCAUCGUCACCAUGGACGCCGAGAUGGAGUUCAGCUGCGAGGUGAAGUGGAAAGGCAAGGACUUGUUUGACCUGGUAUGCAGAACGCUGGGACUCCGAGAAACAUGGUUCUUUGGCCUGCAGUACACUAUCAAGGACACGGUGGCUUGGCUUAAAAUGGACAAGAAGGUUCUGGAUCAUGAUGUGCCAACAGAGGAACCUGUCACCUUUCACUUCCUAGCCAAAUUUUAUCCUGAGAACGCAGAGGAGGAGCUGGUCCAGGAGAUCACACAGCACUUGUUCUUCCUGCAGGUGAAGAAGCAGAUUUUGGAUGAGAAGAUCUACUGUCCUCCUGAAGCUUCUGUCCUGCUGGCCUCUUAUGCAGUCCAAGCCAAGUAUGGUGAUUAUGAUCCCAACGUCCACAAGCGAGGCUUUCUGGCACAGGAGGAGUUGCUUCCAAAGCGGGUAAUAAACCUGUACCAGAUGACUCCAGAGAUGUGGGAGGAGAGGAUUACAGCCUGGUAUGCAGAGCAUCGAGGCAGAGCAAGAGAUGAAGCAGAAAUGGAGUAUUUGAAGAUAGCUCAGGAUUUGGAGAUGUAUGGAGUGAACUAUUUUGCAAUUAGGAAUAAGAAGGGUACUGAACUGCUCCUUGGAGUCGAUGCUUUGGGUCUUCACAUUUAUGACCCAGACAACAGAUUGACCCCUAAAAUCUCCUUCCCGUGGAAUGAGAUCCGGAAUAUCUCCUACAGUGAUAAAGAGUUUACAAUUAAGCCAUUGGACAAAAAGAUCGAUGUGUUCAAAUUCAAUUCAUCAAAGCUGCGUGUGAAUAAGCUGAUUCUUCAGCUGUGCAUUGGAAACCACGAUCUUUUCAUGAGGAGGAGAAAGGCCGACUCAUUGGAGGUGCAGCAGAUGAAAGCACAGGCCAGGGAGGAGAAAGCCAGGAAGCAGAUGGAACGACAGCGCCUGGCCCGAGAGAAGCAAAUGAGAGAAGAGGCUGAAAGGACAAGGGAUGAGCUGGAGAGAAGGCUGAUGCAAUUAAAAGAAGAAGCAACGAUGGCCAACGAGGCCCUGAUGAGAUCUGAAGAGACAGCCGAUCUGCUGGCCGAGAAGGCUCAGAUCACGGAGGAGGAGGCCAAGCUCCUGGCUCAGAAAGCAGCAGAGGCUGAGCAAGAGAUGCAGCGAAUCAAAGCCACGGCCAUCCGGACGGAGGAGGAGAAGCGACUGAUGGAACAGAAGGUGCUAGAAGCAGAGAUGUUGGCACUGAAAAUGGCGGAGGAGUCAGAGAGGAGGGCAAAGGAGGCUGAUCAGCUAAAGCAGGACCUUCAGGAGGCUCGAGAGUCUGAGCGGAGAGCAAAGCAGAAGCUUUUGGAAAUCACUAGCAAGUCAUCCUACACGCAGUCCAUGAACUCCAGCACGACAGCACUGCCAACCGACCUGCCGAGCUUCAACCUCAUCAGUGAGAGCCUGUCCUUUGACUUCAAGGAUACAGACAUGAAGAGGCUGUCCAUGGAGAUCGAGAAAGAGAAGGUAGAGUACAUGGAGAAAAGCAAGCACCUGCAGGAGCAGCUGAAUGAGCUGAAGACUGAAAUCGAGGCGCUGAAGCUGAAGGAGAGAGAGACAGCUCUGGAUAUAUUGCACAACGAGAAUGCCAGCCGAGGCAACAGCAAGCACAACACUAUUAAAAAGAGCUGGCAGUGCCUUGGGCAGCAGGCUGAGCCAGGAGCUCGUGUGCCCGGAGGGAAGAUGUGUUUGGGGAAGCUGCUCUGCUCUUUCCAUGACUGGUCUUGCGUGCACCCACAGCCUAGCAAGUUUUGAGUUGUAGCGCUAAAGGAAGAAGCAAUGCAGGUACUACAAUGAUGGCAAACUCGGUUGGAAAAAACCUUUGUUAAAAGUUUCUUUGAGGGCUAGCAGAGCCCUGCCUGAGGCCUGGCUGGGGAGCAGUGUACCAGCACCUCUGGAGCUCCGUAGCAGAUGCAGGAACACACUUCAGAUGCAGCCUUCUCCCCAGCAGGUGACCAGAAGUGAUCAGCACAGGUUGGUGCCAUCUGGGGACUGCAGGGCAGUGCUGUGUGUCACUCACUGUUGCUCCAGAGCCAUGCUGGUGCUCCCACGCCAGGCUGCUCUCAUUGCCCAGCAUCUCCUUAGAGAAAAAAGCCCACACUGGGGAGAUGUCAGCGGUCCCCACGGGGCUGUUUGUUGCCUGUGGAUACCUGCUGUUCUUUACCCAGUGGUUUGAGCAGCCCUGAGACACCUUGAAUGUGGUGAAAUCCACUUGUGGCCGUGAACAGGGAGGGAAAGCAGCAGUCUGAGAAGAAGUCACCCAGCGGCUGAGCGGGAGGCAGUGCUGGGGAGGAGCCCGUGCUGAAAUGAGGCACACAGCGAGCACUGCAUUGUGACCUCCGGGUUUUGUUGCCUGCCUUUGAAGACGCCUGCGAAGUUCUUGGUGUUUAAUUACGUGGUUAACAUGCUAAUCCUAUUUUACGAGCUCUGUGGGCACAGCACAAGCACCUCAUCUGGAAACUGAUUUCUCUGUAGCGCCGUGGGCUGGUGCUGCUGGCUCCAGCUGGCUUGGCUUCAGGAGGGUUUGCUGCUUAGACUGCAGUAGAAUAUUAAAAAAAAAAAAGAAAAAAGGCAGUUCCUCUCAUCCUCCAGUGUAGGAAACCUCCCAGGACAGGCUGCUGCUCUAAAACAGGAGCACAGUCGGGUCUUUAAUUCCGGUUGCUUUUCUUCCUGUGCUGUCAUGCUUAUUUACUGUGAUUUAAGCCCUUUGAAGUAUCCGGGCAAGGAGCAAAUCUCUGUGCCCAUUCCCAGCCAAACUGCUGUGUCCUUGAGCACUGCUCUGCUCCUUUGAACGCUGCCCACCAGGCUGCCUUUAGGCUUUUCUGCAGUGUUUCUCCAGGGCUGGAGCUGGCUCCCUUCACCCGGCGCUGCUCUUGCCCCCGGAAAUCGGUGCAGACAGCUGUGUUGGGAUGGGCCAGUGCUGAUAGUGCUGCUGCCAGCUGCUUCUCUCACUGAUCCUAUUUGCAGCGCAGCAUCACCCUGAAAUCUGGUGAAUGCUGCUUGAUUUUCUGCUGAGGGAUGCUUGGAUGGGAAGCACGGCAGGGGUGUGGAUGGGCUGCUUGGGGUCUGGUGUCCCUGUGAGCCCCGUGUUGCACUGAGCCACGAGCAGCACUUUUCCCACGGACACAGCGUGGUUCAUUUCAGACAUGGGCACCUGCAGGGUUGCCUGGGUUUGUCCUUAUCCUCUCAUCUUCAGGGUGCCCCCUGCCCUGUCCUCUGCUGUACGCUGAGGACACUGGGCUGCCAGCUGUGGGCCCGGCCAUGUGUCACCAAUAUGAAGGUAGUGGCACGUAGGACUGUGCUGGGCACUGCAGAAAGCAGCUGUGCUCCAGCAGCAGCUGGGAGGUGGGGGACUGUGGCCAUUCCA